AUGAAUUAAGUCCUAACAAUUGCUUCGGUGACGCCAAAGCGAGAUUCGUCGUCUAUUUCUUCUAGCUCUCGACGACCGAGUCGGGACGAAGAAAUACGAAGGAUGAACCACAAGCGCACCAAGCAAUGGCCGCAAUAUCUGGCGGCGAUUACAGCAACAAUUUCCUUGGCGAUCACGGGUUCGCAUAUCGGAUGGACAUCACCAAUCCUGCCAAAGUUGAAGAACGAAAAAUCCCCGUUCGGGAUCACUUCAGGAGACGCAUCCUGGAUCGCAUCGUUUUAUCUAUUGGGAUCAAUCCCGGGGAACGUGAUCGCCGCCCUAAUCGUGGAUCGAUUAGGCCGGAAGAGCAGCCUCCUCUUAUCAGGGAUUCCCCUGAGCCUAGGGUGGGUGCUGAUAAUCCUGGCAGACAACGCCUACACCCUGUACGCCUCCAGGUUCAUAAGUGGCCUAGGUCAAGGCAUCGUCUACGUGGUAUGCCCCAUGUACAUCGGCGAGAUAGCCGAUAAGAACAUCAGGGGAUCCCUAGGGUCCUUCAUCAAGCUCAUGGUGACUUUUGGGGAACUUUACGCUCACGCUUUCGGUCCCUUCGUGUCCUACGAGUGGCUGGUCUACUGGUGUGCCAUAAUCCCGGCUCUCUUCUUCCUGACCUUCUCCUGGAUGCCGGAAUCCCCUUACUACCUGUUGAUGAAGAACCGCCAGGAGGCUGCUGCAGCGAGCCUUACCAAAUUGAAGAGGUACCAGACUCCGGGAGACCUCGAAGAAGACAUGGAGCAGAUGCAGAAGACCGUCCUCCGGGACUUAGUGGACAAGGCGAAGGUCUGGGACCUCUUCGACACCCCUGGGAACAGAAGAGCGACGCUGAUCAGUUUCGGACUGCAAUUGGUGCUCCAGUUUAGUGGAAUCGCGGCCAUAGAAUCAUACACCCAAGAGAUCUUCGAGGAAGGAGAAUCUGGACUCUCGGCAGGGGUUGCCGUGAUAGUCCUGAGCUCUCUUCAGCUAAUCGGAGGCCUAGGAGCCGCCGCCGUGGUGGAUAGGCUCGGCAGAAGACCUCUCCUCCUGAUCACGACCUUCCUGGCAGGAUUGGUGCUGUCCAUCAGCGCUGGCUUUUAUUUCCUGAAGUUGCACCUGGAAGUGAGUACCAAGGGCUUGGGUUGGAUCCUGGACGCCUCCGUCAUGGCGUACGAGCUGAUCAUCGCCCUGGGGCUCAGUCCGCUGCCGUACAUGAUGCUGGGGGAACUGUUCCCUACAAACGUCAAGGGUGUCACCGUGUCCCUGGUGAAUCUCUGGGCCUCUCUCUUGGCUUUCGUCGUCUCCAAGAUGUACCAAGUGGUUACGGACACCUGUGGGAUUUAUGCAGCCUUCGGAUGGUUCGCUUCCACGUGCUUCUUCGGCAUCGCCUUCAUCUUCUUCGUCGUUCCCGAGACCAAGGGGAAAUCCCUCCUGGAGAUUCAGGAGGAGUUGAACUGCAGGAAGUCCAAGAGGAGGAAGAGGGACACUCGGGAUGUGGAAAUUAGUACGAUUGCUUGAUCGGUCGGUCCAAACUUCGGGAUCUCCAAAAAUGGUAACGGACGAAGGUAUUCCUUGUAGAGAUGCUCCAAUUGUUUUUUUUUUUCUUGGCUUACCGUAUCGGAAUCUCCGGAAAUCUCUGGCCUGGUUUUUAUGCGCCCUUCCGGAUGUGCAGAUUUAAACAGAGUUGGGAAAUAUUCGCCAGUCUAUAAAAGGGUUAUAAUAUACAACUAUAGAUUGUAGUUACUUAUUACACCCUGUUUAGGAAUGGGCGAAUAUUUCAGGAUAUAAAUUUAAUACCACUUUUUUUUUUUCUCAAGGAAACAUUCCCAAGUGUCCGCC